AUGACUCUGCUGAAGUGCAUCUACACCAGUGCACGCAGCAUGAGCAACAAGCAGGAAGAACUGGAAGCAAUUGUGCGUCAGGGCCCAUGGUUGACUCCCCAGACACUGCUGGCACGCCUGUUGGUGGUGGCAGGGAGCCCUGUUGCAGGCAGCAAUCUCCAAGCCGCUGCCUUACUGCUCCUGCAAAAGCUCCACAGCAGGAUCCACAGAGCUGUGGGGGCCAUGUGGGAUGCGGAGAUCCCCUUGCUGCUGCAGUGUGUCCAAGGGAAAGAAGAGAGCUUCCCGGACUCUGCAGCAUGGGAACACCGACUGCUAAAGUUCCUGAGGGCAUCACUGGAGACCAUGGAGGAUGAGGCUUGGACGAAGGGACUGAGCUGUGAGCUGAGCCGGUAUCUGAGCAGCUCUCCCAGCAGCUCUGGAGAAAAGGCCCUGGAGCAGUUGAGCAAGCUGAAGCCCUCUCUAGGAAGCAAGGACAUGUGUGAAAUGUUGGCUCUGUGCUGCAAGAGCAUUGUGACACACCCUUCAGCAGAGAUGAUGCUGAAGAUCAGGAAGUCACAGCAAGCAGCUCGGUACCUUCAGCUUCUGCAAACAUCUUUGAAAGCUCUGGGCCGGCUGAUGGCAGUCCUGCUUGAGACAGAGCCAACCCGUGACUUCUUCCAGAACAUAAUCCAUGUCCUGAGGAGAUCACUGACAUCAGGCAACGUGUGGGAGCGCAAGAGGGCCCUGCAGGUCUGCUCCCAGCUGCUGGCUGUAUGUGAAGAGCUUCGAAGAGAAGAUGUCUGCGAGCACUUUGGCUCCCUGGUGGGAUUGCUGGCGCCACUGACAUGUGACCCCAAGCCCACAUCCCGCCAGUUGGCUGUCACCUGCCUGAGAUCCCUUCUCCAAAUCCAAGCCAAGGUGACCAACAGAGUAAUUGAGAUGGGAGACACUGGGAGCCUGUGUGAGGGGCUGCAUGCCUGCAGCACGGUCUGUCAGCUCCAGACCUCGUCCAAAAUCGCAAGGAUGGUGUGCAGAAACUUCCCCCUGGAACGCACCGUCGAUUUCUUUAUGGCCAUCAAGGAGACCUUCCGGAAGGCCAAAGGAAUGCAUGUGCGUGCUGCUGGGAAGUGGAUGAUCACCUUUUUGCAGAUGUACAGAAAGGACAUCCGUCGAGACGUGCCACUGAUCCUUUAUGUCCUGCGGAGCUGCACAUCAUCCACACAGCAGAGCAUGUUCAUGCCCUUCGUGUGCCAGGCGGUGGUCAUCCUCAAUCGCUGUCACACGGAGGUUGCAAUUGACAACUUCACCCGACUGCUUGGACCCACAGACAGCGAGACGUGGAGGAGAAUCAGAGAGUUCUGUCUUCAACGGUGGAGGUUGUAGAAGAAAGUGAAGCGAAGUGAAGUGAAGCCAAUAAGGAAGAGGAAGAAAAGGAAAAGGAAGAAAAAG